AUGGAGAAAUCUCAAAUUGAGGAUACUACAUCAACUGCGAAGCCUGAUGAGCUUCUGCAGCGAUUUUUGAGGGCCCUCGUCUCUAACCGGGUCCCGAUGACCAAAGCCAUAGGCGUUGCAGCGAAGAUAUUGAAGGAGCAUAAGACUCCUUCGGCGAUUGGCCGUUUGACUGACAUACAGUUGAUCGCAGCGGGUAUUAACGAGGAAGGGCUCAGGAGGCUCAUCCUUGCGGCUAUUCGAAAAGGGGGGUUCAACCCACAUAGCAAGAGCACUAAAAAUGACGCACAGGGUACUUCCAAUAGCGAAGGCCCCCUUGCCAGCACUUCGCGCAGUGCCCAGACCGACAUCUCUCCCAGGAAGCGCAAGCGCACCAGUGAUACGAAUGAAUUUUUGCCGGACAGACCGGAAGGAGAAGAAGUCCUUGACAGCCUCGAAUUUGAUGAAAUACUCGACGAAGAGGUAUUGAAGAACAAGAACAUAUUCAUCAACCGCGCCCCUAUCAUGGCAGUCUGGGCGAUGGUCGUGCUGGAACGGCAGGGCUUCAAACGUGAGGAGGCACUGAGCAUUGCCCUCGCAUUCACGCAGAUGAAUGCUAUUUACGGCGGUGUGUCCGCAAAUAUCUUCCCAAAGGGCAAGGAGAAAGAGUUCGAGAGAAGCCUCACAUCCUCUCAGCCGUACGUAGACCUCAUGGGUCGAAAGAUGUGCGUGUACCUCGCCGUGCGAUUUGCAAAAUCGUGA